GAGUCACUUCGCGAUCGCGCGCCGCCAUAAAUCAGCUGACUACUCAAUCCUGGUAGUCGCGAAUGUAAACAAACUGUGCUUUGUGUACGUGAAGCUGCAGCAGCGGAUGCAGGUAUAAACUUCACCCUGCGCUGCCCCGUUGAACAACGAGAGUUGAGGCCAUUUGUUAGCCAGAAAGACGUCGGUGCCUCAAGCAUAAGCACUAGCCUACCAGGAGGACCAAGCCUUGUUUUCCACUCUUCUGUCGUCGACUAGAUAAUCAAUAUGUCUGCAGAAAACUUCUUCGAUAAUCUCAAGAAUGAUCUGUCUUUCUCUGGAAAUCGUGAGAAAGAGGCAACGUGUUUGAAACGCUACAACAAAAGAGGGGAUGGCAGGUUAGACCAAGAUGAAUUUCAUGAGAUGUGUCUUGAUCUUUUUGUAGGAGAUGGCAAGAGUUUUCCUCUCACAGAAACAGAAUCAAGACGGAUAUUUGAACAGCUAGAUGAUAAUCAGGAUAACUACAUUGACAGGGAGGAAUUUCAUAUCCUAUGGAGAUACUGGUUACCUAUGAUUCUUCAACCCAAAGCAGCUCUGAUAGCAGUUGAUGUACAGAAUGAUUUUAUUGAUGGAUCCUUGGCAGUGGCUCAGGCAGAAGAAAUUGUGCCUGUCAUUAACAGAAUACUUGAUGAUGAGGGUAUGUUUGAACAAGUUAUCUACACGUAUGAUUGGCAUCCUGAAAAUCAUGUUUCUUUCCACAACAAUGUUUGUUUGCGAAAUAUUCACCAUACAUCAAAAGUCCAGCAGAAGAAUGCUUGUGUAUUUGAUACUGUAGUGUUUGAUGGACACGUCCCCAUGGAGCAGACGUUAUGGCCAGCUCACUGUGUACAACACUCACAUGGAGCUAAGCUUCAUGCAGAUCUUAAGAUCGCAAAGGACCAUGUGGACAUCUACAAGGGUGUGUGUGACCAUGUCGAUAGCUACUCAGCCUUCUUUGACAACCAACGGCUCUCUCAAACAGAACUAGCAGUGGCACUGUGCGAUAGGCGUAUCACUGAUGUCUACAUCUGUGGUUUGGCAUAUGAUGUGUGUGUCCGACACACAGCUAUCGAUGCAGCAAGCCUUGGGUUCAGGCCAUUCGUCAUCGAAGAUGCUUGCCGAGGGCUGACAACGGAGAGUUGUGAUAAGGCAAGAAGAGAGAUGGAGGAAGCAGGUUGUAUUAUGGUGUCUUCUACGCAGGUCAAGUCAAUGGCUGAAGCCGACACAAGGGUUCCCAAGAUGGCCCUGCAGGCGGCUGAGAAUGUCGCCCUCGCUAGACGGAAAGCCAAAGUCCAGCUUGCGAGCAUGAACAGUGACCAUGAAGAUAAACCACUAACCAACGGCUUUGUUGUAGAGAAUUCCAGCUUACUUGAUAUGUGAGAUGAGAUUUCGUGGAUGGCUGGAGAAUUUGCAUCUUCACUAACUCAUCAGGGUAGCAUGAUUGGAGUACGUCUGGAAUGACAAAAGGAAGGCAUAGCAUAUGUAGAACUGUUGCCAAUUUACUGCUGCAUGAUCACUGAUUCUUCAGACCACCUGCAGACUGUCAACCAUAUCAUUAGGAUAUAGAUUUAAAUACCAAUAAAAAAUGAAAUGGAAGUGUUGUCAUAACAGAUUUUAGCCGUCUUUCGCGAUUGUAUGGGGAACCUUUGGAUUUUAAAGCUGAUAUUAAUUUAUAAUGCCUCCCUAAAAUGAGAAUAUGAACUACAAAAAAUCAGUAGCAUUAUGUUUAAUUAGUCAUAACUAACAAGUGAGCAGAGAUAAAAGCUUUUCAAAAUUAGAUAUUUCUGCCUAUUUUGAAAGAGCAGAUUGUAUUUUUCACUCUGAGAAUUUAAUUGGCAUAUUCAUGAGAUUUCAACAGUUGGUAGUUGAGGGUGGUAAUGAAACAGACUGAUAUGAUUAUUUUUUAAAGGUUUGUGCAGGGACAGAUCUCGUUGGAUAAUGCACAAUAUUUGGGACAGGCCCAUCGUUGUGCACAAACAAUAUGGCCUGUGAAAUAGUGUAUUCUGGAUCUAAAACCUGCUGGAUCCGCCACUUGGUUUAUAUACAUAAAAUAAUUAUAUACAUGUACUAGAAAAGCAUGUAUUUUAUGCUUCCAUGUUGUGACAUAGUUGUAUACCACAAUGACUACAUACAUGUAUCUUCAUAUAUGUGUAUAUGCAUACAUGUGCUUCUUACAGCAUAAUGUGAAAUCAAUUACUUUGCUUAGAGUUUGGAUACCAGUGCAAACUCUUGCAAAACUGAAUACUCUUGAAAAUCGUGUCUGAAUUUCAUCAUCCAUAAAUGCUUUCAGUCUAUAGAAGGGACAUUAAAAGCAAGAUUAGGCUUCAAAUUUCACCUCACUUGACAGUACUAAACUACUUGUAUGUACAUAAGAUUUUAUUGAUGGAGAGUGUAAAAUGUCUGCUUCAAAGUCUUGUAGGGGGCUUGACACUUGAUGGAAACAAGCUGUUAGUGUCAUGUAAUUGUAUCUUUCAUAAUGUAGUAGAAAAUUAUGCAACUUGCUGAGGUUUUAAGGCUCUCAAAAACACAUAUACAAUUUUAUUAGAGGAUUUUUAUGCAAUGUAAUAACAUGGACAAUCUUGGGGUCGUUGGUAUUGGUACUUUUUGCAAUAUAUGCGGUUAAGGCCUAUUUUUUUGGGGGGAGGGGGUAUUUUUAAGCAUGGACCCAAUUUUAUAGCAUAUGUAUGCAUUGCAUAGAUAAAUUUUUAUUGCUUUCAAUUCAUCUUUCUGCAUUUCUUCCUUUGUUUCCAUACUUGUCGUGUGAAGCAUUGAUUGUUAGAUGCGGUUAUUGAUAAGAAUGUCAAAAUACCAUAGACCAUGUAAUGAAUUUCUGUGAUACAGUAGUUUAACCUUUUGAUUGAAGAAAAACAAGGUCUACUAAUUAAAAUAAGUUACAUUUAUAUCAUGUGAAUGGGACAACAAAAAUCAGAAGUACAUAGUGGGGAUAUUUGAAUCCAAAAUAAUGAAAAUCCUCAACAGUUUUAUAGAAAAAACACUAUUUUUUUUGGUAUUUGUUUUAUCAUUGAUAAACAAUUGAAUGAUAUUACAAUUGGACAAUCAGAAUAGAGAGAAAACCUACGUUUAGAAUUAUAUCAUACAAUUAACAAAUACAUGCAUUAUUUCAUGAACUUAUGUAUAGAGAAAAAUAUGGGUUUAAUGUUAUGAAAUUAAAAUUGUAAUUUUUUAUGAAUUCAAUUAAUAGCAAUAGACCUUUUGUGAGUGUGCAACUGCAAAACGUGUAACACAGAAAAUUGCAUGUGAAAUUUUAUGUAUUUUUUAUACCAAAGAGAAGAGGCAUUUAUGUAUCUUAUCAUUUAUAGUAUUACAAAUGUGGUAUUUACUCUGCAAUUAUCAUAAGCAUUCCUUGUUAAUAUUUUAAUUUGGACAUAUAAGAACAAUUUGCAUGGGGUCUUGUUUUGAAUAUUGCUAUGUAUGAUAAUAAUUAUUGUCAGUUUUAAAGUUUUAACUGAGAGCAUUUGGGAUGAAACCAUAUUACUAUUGAAAAUUUGACAUAUUAACUUAUUUUGUAUAGAUAUUUGACUUAUACUAGAACGAUAUACUGUAUCAUAUAAAGUACAUGAAGGCUUGGAAAGUAAGUCUAAUUUCAGCAAUUCUUGGAAUUUUUUAUAUAGAUUCCAGAUUCCCACUGCAUUUUAUCUGUGAAAUUGAUGGUUCAUAGCUUUCACUUAAAUGUAUAAUUGGUUUUAUAAUAUUUGAAGGUUUAAGCAGGGCAUAUGAUUACUUUCUGAGAGGAAAUUAGAACAUGCAUUUCCAAUAAUGAAAGAUUACAUUGUAACCCUCUUCAUCAAGCUUUUGUUGAUUUGUGCUCUCUAUGCCAUACUAACAGUCCAACCAGCUGUCAUCAAUAAUGCCUCAUUAUUUUUGUUCCAUUGAACUAAAGGUGCAUGUUCAAAACCGUAUAAUAAGUUUUAGGUUUCAUAUUGAUAUUUUAUAUUGAAGAUUAUGAAGAAUGUGCCUCCACAAAUCAUAUAAAUUUAUAAAUGAUAAAGGGUUUUAUUAUUUCAACUUUAAGUUCCCUCAACCACUGUAUUCCAUAUUGCUGUUUUCUGAAUGCUUUCACGUAUUAAGUAGAUAUUUAUUUUAUCGCCAUCUCAAAACAUUGCCAUCUUGUUGUCAGAUGAAUUGUUACUUAAAAAAGUUGUUGCAGUGUAUUGAGCACUAUAUAAAAGUCAAAUAUUUUUAUUACAAUUCCGUUCUGUCUGACACAUCUCAUUGAUCACUUCUUGUACUAUGUAAUUAUCAUCUUAUUAUUAGAUGUUAUAUGUUCGUCAUUAUUACACGUUUUUUAAUAUGUAUAAAGAACGAACAUGUUCAUCUGCAUGAAAAUGCCUUUGUUUUAUCUUUCAUACGCUGAUAGCUUUCAUUACCGAUAGUGAAUUAUCAAGAUAUUCCCUCCACAUUGGUUAAUUGCUUCAUUCAUAAAGUGUGUAGUGCAGUAUUUCAUUAUUGUUAUUCUAGCAUUAUUGUUAUUGUUGUUUAUAUUCCAAUUAUUUUUCUGCUGCCUUCAAUCAUUCAUAUUAAAAGUGAAAUAGACUCGUUUGCUGUAACUGAUAGAGCUGUUUCAACUUUCAAGAAACAAACAAUUACAUUUAAAAGAAUAAUGAAAAUAUUAUAUAUUUUUUCUGUGUGCAAUACUCAAACAGAAAUCAUAAUUCAGAUUAUUAUUAAUUGUUUUGCAGUUUGUAAACCAACUGCCAUGGUUUUGGUUACUGGUAAGUUAAAUGACAUAAAAGACUUGUGUACAUUCCCUAGCCUUUGUAAAAAAAAAACCAGAAAUAUAACUGAACUCUUUUAAGCUAUUCUGAAAUAAGUCAUUGCAAAACGGCAAUUUUUCACAAUCUGAAUGAUUCUCUAAUAGGCUAUGUUCAGACUGAAUCAUUUAUUUCUGAGAGCGUCUGUCAUUUGAUUUGGUUUAAAGUGGAUGGUUUCUUUGAAUUCUAUCAAUAUUGAAUUGAUUGAAUUUCUUUCUUUUUUUAUUGCCAUUUAACUUUUUUAACAUUCAUUUAUUUAUUAGAGGAUUUGAUUCAAUUCUUGUCAAUACUGCUAUUCAUGUCUUUUUUUGAUAUUUGAUUUCUACUUUUCUCACUCUUAUUCAGUUAUGUUAUUUUUUUUUUAUCCUGUGAUUUGUCCUUUAUAAAGUUGUUCAUAUUUCUUGUAUAAAUCUUCUUCCCAUAGUACAUAGUACCAUUCCAUUUUAUAAUCAAUGUCUAUUGUAAAGAUGAUUAAAACUUGGCAUCAACUUUUAUUCUUCCUCCCAAUCAAACUAAGUUUAGAGCAUGAAUAAUCAUUACAUCAUAAUCAUUAAUUUUAUGUUUUAGUCCAAUCUGCCAAAGUUGACCUUUUAUAAGGCAAAUAAUUAGCUAAUGUGAAUGCAUUUUUUAGACCACAUGGAAAUCAUGCCUUAUUUUUUUAUUCUAAUUAAGUUGCAUUUUGCCUAUAUCAAACGGUAUUUGGCCUGGGAGGUAUGUACUAAGGCAGGUUUACCUGUAUAGUCUAUGUUCUUUUCACUUUUACCAAAGCAUUGAUAUUCAUAGCAUGCGAUAGGGUAAAAAAUCUGCCUUAUUUGCUUUCAUAACAGAAAUGAAGUAUGAUUAUAAUUUUCCUUGUGCCCUUUCAAUACAUUUAAAUGUUUUCAAAACCUAUCUAUGAAAUUGAAAUUGGUAACUUCAGGAUGAUCACAUUGACAACAUUGCUUAGACUAAACUAAUCAGCAUAUAUUCAGUGGUAAUUUUUUAUUCAUCCCUUUUAACUUUGUUCUUGAAAUGCAUUUAAAUGUUUAUAAAGUUAUUUAUUUGAUCUACAUAUAUAUAGAAAAAUUUCAUAUUUUAUGAGGUAAAUAUGAAAACAAAUGAUUAUUGCACCAGAGGGUGCCCACCUCAACUGCCUUGUCGCGUUCAAAUUUCCCCACUACUAUAUGUGGUUAUUAGGGUAUAUCAACCACCUGCCAUUCCAGGGCGUACUGCAAGGGCUGAUCAUUAUGAUUGCAGAUUUUCUGAAUUAUAUCUAAAUAUGUGCAAAUGUUGCUUUGAAUUUUCUUUCUCCACAUCCCAUUUUGCCACUUUUCAUUCUUCUUUCUCUUUUCCCCUCUUCACUUUCUCCUCUCACUUUCCCAUUUCUUUGCCCUUGAUCUACAUCUUGUUUGUAAUAUAAGCAGAACUUAUUUCUAACAUCAAUAUAGUGCAGUAUGUUUGGUGUAAUUUGAAAUAUCAUUUACUGGUAUGAAGUUAAUUCUAGUCAGGGAAGUGUACAUGUAACAUUUCUAAACAUAAAAUUUGUCAAUUCCUUGUUAAGUUUGUUCUUUUUUUCUAGAAACAAUGCUUUAUAUCCACUGUAUUAUUUGGGUGAAACAAUUUUUUAGAUGUUAGUUUUAAAAUGAAAGUGCCUUAUAUAUUUAGAGUGCUUAAAAAAUUGAAACUUCUCAUGCAUGUACAUCUUUGAUAUAUGUGGUGUAAAUUAUUCAGUUUGAGUAUGGAAUGUUUUAUUGCAUUCGUGAAUAUGAUUUUUUUGGGGAAAGGGUUCAAAAUUAAUUUAUCUUUCCUAUUUUGCAAAAUUUUAGUUAAAUCUACUUGUUUGAUAAUCAUCUGGAAAGAGCCAUGAAGGGCAAGAUGCCAAUAGUGUGUCUUACUCGUUUUCUUUGCAUGAAGCUGGACUUACAUAUUGUAUAAUCAGUGGCUUUAUUUUGCAUUAAUGUAACUUUUAAACUUACACUAGACCAUUUUUUACAAGAAAUUAAGGCUACCCAUUACUGAUUUUGAGAAAAAUAUGAAAGAUGUUAUAUUUCUCUAAUUUAUUGAUAAUUGUACCAUAGACCAAUGAAUAGAACAUUCUUGAUAAUACAGAACAUACAUUUAAGUGGUCAUGAAUAAACAAUGAAUUGUAUUUUGAUAUGAAAACAUUCAUCCAUCUUAAACCUGACAUUAAAAACACUCUGUGGAAACAAA